CAGUCAGCAGUAAAUGAGUGCUGUUCUGCUUUCUCAAGACCAAAACAAGCUGCUUUGUAUCUCGAUGUGUCAAUGUGUUUUCUUUAAAGAAAAUUGAUAUUGAUCAAUCUACACAAAAAUGUACAGAAAACUGCUAUUUGUGAUGGUACUGUGUAAUGCAGCUGGGUUUAACAUUCAAAUAUCUCCAGUGAAACAUUUCACAAAUGAGGAUCCACUCUUUGGCCAAACCAUCAUUCAGGCAAAAGAUGGAAUUUUUGUUCCCUCCCCAACAUAUGGAAGACUUUUCAAGUGCACUCUAGACAAUGAAUGCACCAAAGUAAACAUUAACGAUGAGAACCCAAAAGGCAUGAGACCAGUAGCAUCAGUGGCUAGCCUGACAUCACAGGAACAACAUGUUGUGAUGUGUAAUCAAGUUAGAACAGAGAACAGAGGAACUGAGUAUUUGAAUGGAAUUUGCACACUUGUGAGUCCUUCUGGAAAAGUCAAACUAUAUCCUGCUGAAUUAGACAACAACAAAAACAACAACAACAACAACAACAACAACAACAACAAAUACCAAGGUGGAAGGAUCAAUCAAGGUCCUGGGACAGAGAUUGCUUUCGUUCUGGAUGGUUCUGGCAGCAUUCAAGAUGAUGACUUUCAGAAAGCGAAAGACUUCAUCUACAAUGUCAUGUCCAAUGUUUGGAAAACAUGUUUCGAUUGUAAUUUUGCAAUAGUGCAAUACGGUAGUUUGAUCAGAACUGAGCUCUCGUUACUAGACAAUGAGGAUCGCGUGGGAUCCUUGCUAAAGGUCAAACAAAUAAAGCAAAUUUACAAUCUCACAAAGACGGCCUCUGCCAUCAAUCACGUCCUCACAGAUAUCUUCAUCCCUGAGAAUGGAUCAAAAGAUAACUCUGCAAAAAUAAUAAUCGUCUUGUCUGAUGGAAAGAUUCUGGGAGACCCUAUGACUCUUGAUGAAGUUUUGAACAAGCCCCAAAUGAAAGGUGUCACUCGCUACUCCAUAGGGGUUGGCGAUGGCAUCCUGAAAAACCUUGAUGCAACCGAAGAGAUGAUGCAAAUAGCAGAUCCUGGAAAGUAUUAUAAUGUUUCCAGUUAUAGGGCAUUAAACGAUAUUGUGUCCUCGCUGGAAAGAGGGAUAAUUGGAACUAAAGAUCCUGGGACAGAGAUUGCUUUCGUUCUGGAUGGCUCUGGCAGCAUUCAAGAUGAUGACUUUCAGAAAGCGAAAGACUUUAUCUACAAUGUCAUGUCCAAUGUUUGGAAAACAUGUUUCGAUUGUAAUUUUGCAAUAGUGCAAUACGGUAGUUUGAUCAGAACUGAACUCUUGUUACUAGACAAUGAGGAUCGCGCGGGAUCCUUGCUAAAGGUCAAACAAAUAAAGCAAAUUUACAAUCUCACAAAGACGGCCUCUGCCAUCAAUCACGUCCUCACAGAUAUCUUCAUCCCUGAGAAGGGAUCAAAAAAUAACACUGCAAAAAUAAUAAUCGUCUUGUCUGAUGGAGAGAUUCUGGAAGACCCUAUGACUCUUGAUGAAGUUUUGAACAAGCCCCAAAUGAAAGGUGUCACUCGCUACUCCAUAGGGGUUGGCGAUGGCAUCCUGAAAAAACCUAAUGCAGUCAAAGAGAUGAUGCAAAUAGCAGAUCCUGGAAAGUAUUAUAGUGUUUCCAGUUAUGGCGCAUUAAAUGAUAUUCUGUCCUCACUGGAAAGAGAGAUAAUUGGAACUGAAGGAGACUCUGUCACAACAACGGUCCUGCAGAUCAACUAGUGCAUCUAAGCCAAGGGCCAUACACCCUCGAGGACCAUAUGUCUUUCACCACUGCCAGAACCACAGCUGCAAGAAUCUUCGAUGUCGCUGCUUGCCACUGCCACAAGAGCCUGCUGACCCACCAAGGUUGCCUGAACCACUGGUGCCUACUGACCUAGAGCCUCCUAACCCUAUGCCUCCUAACCCAGAGAAAUCAGAUUCAGCUCUGCUCCACACUCCAGGCUGUCCACGAAUCAGAGACAAGCUUGUGAAUGUUUAGAUUUUUUUCCUUAAAGUACAGCUUAACAGUAACAAAAACUGAUAUAAUUAAUAUUUUUAUAUUUUUAGAAAAUUGUGAAUAGAUUUUAUUAACCAGGUUAUAUAAACAUUUUGAAUGUAAGAUAACAUAGCAGUUUUAAAAUAGCAACAUUCUGUUUUUACCUCAUUUGUGUUUAAUAUAAACAUUUAAAAGGUCACACUUUACAAUAAGGUUCAUUAGUUAAUGUUAAUUAAUGCAUUUACUAACAGGAACAAACAAUGAACAAUACAU